AUGCAAAACCAUGUCAAAAGUGUCAGCACAGAUUGCAAACUGUUCAUCACUGGUUACCAUGCCUCCACUACGGUUACUGUGACGGUGAACAAGGGUAUGUUCCAACGAGUGACGCCUGUUGGAGAAGGACAGACGGUGACCGUGCAGAUCCCAGCCUCGGUAGAGAUGUUUGGGAGCAAAAUGUUUGAUAGAACCAUCCUGAUUCAGGCUGACAAAGACAUCUCUGUCCUGUCUGUUAACUCAAAGCCCAAUUCCAUUGCUACCACUCUAGUGUAUCCCAUUGAGAAGCUGGGUACUGCAUAUUAUGUUGUAACUCCCCCUGGCAUAUAUGGAGGCACCUACAAAGAGUUUGCUGUCGUAGCAGGGCAGGCUCCCACUACAGUUGAUAUUUAUUUGAAAGGGGCUGUAAUUUUCCAACGGCGGAUCUAUGGUUCUGGGCGUAAACUCACUGUUACCCUCGCCCCCUACCAAGCCUUGCAACUGCAAAGCUCUGCAGAUUUAUCUGGCACCAAGAUCAAGUCUCGGGAACAUGUGGCCGUCUUGACUGGGCACAGCUGUGCUGUCCAAAACACCGCUUGUGAUCAGGCUGUCGAGCAGCUCCUGCCUGUCUCCAGCUGGGGCAGCACAUACAUCAUCCCUCCUCUGUCCUUCCAGAACAAGUAUGACAUUGCGUACAUCGUCGCCUCCCAAAACACUCGCAUUGACUAUCAGUCAGGGCCCACACGAGCUUCCCGCAACAUAUUGGCUGGGCGGGUUGUUCAGCUUGAAGUCCGAGUCUCUCAACCACUUUACAUCUCUGCUAGCGCUGGCAUCCAGGUUCUUCUCUUCUUCACUGGUGCUAAAAAUGGGAAAUCCACAUAUGACCCGUUCCUCAUCAACAUCCCACCCGUCACAAACUACUGCCAAUCCUACCACAUUGAUGGAGUGAAGAAUUUUGAGAGCCAUGUGGUGAUCGUAGUCAAGAGCUCAGAGUCAGGCAGGAUCAUCUCUGAUCAGAGAGCCAUAGAAAAUGUCCAGUGGAGGCAGAUCCCCGGCACGGAGUAUUCUUGGGGAGAGUACAGCUUCGGCAUAGGGAUUAGUGCCCUUUCCAUACAGCACCCGACCUCUCCCUUCGGUCUGCUGAGCUUUGGAGGGAACGAUCACGGUGGAUAUGGCUCAUCAGGCGUUUGUGCACACAGUAACCCAACCCUGUCCUGCAGCACUGUUCAAUGCAGGAAGAAAGAGACGUGUCAGAUUGUAGAUGGCCGCCUGGAGUGUGUGGCUGAGUCAGAAUCCACCUGCUGGGCUCAGGGAGACCCACAUUAUCACACCUUCGAUGGGCGGAAUUUCGACUUCAUGGGCACCUGCACCUACACCAUCGCCAAGGCCUGUGGCUCAGACUCAACUCUCCCGUCAUUCAGUGUCAAGGCCAAGAACGACAACAGGGGCAACACGCGUGUUUCCUAUGUUGGUUAUGUGACGGUUGAAGUCUAUAAUGUCACUGUCUCAGUGGCCAGAUAUGAGACUGGGUUUGUGAGGGUGAACGCCCAGCGCUCCCGCCUUCCCAUCUCCCUGCUUGAGGGGAAGCUGAAGGUGUAUCAGAGUGGAGGUUCUGUGGUCAUUGAGACUGACUUCUCCCUGAGGGUCUCCUAUGACUGGAACAGCUACCUGGUGGUGAAGAUCUCCAGCAGCUUCUCUGAGAGCAUGUGUGGCCUGUGUGGCAACUACAAUGGGGAACCUGGCGAUGACUUUGCCACCCCCACGGGGGCGCUGGCUGCUAGCCCCGUGGAGUUCGGGAAGAGCUGGAAGGUGGAGGAUGGGGACAGGUUCUGCUGGGACGACUGCCAUGGGGCGUGCAAGAGCUGCUCCCCAGAGCUGGUCGGCAGGUACAAAGCUGAGCCCUUCUGCGGCUGGAUCACCAGAGAAGCGAGUGGCCCCUUCAGCCAGUGCCACUCCGUGAUUGAUCCCAAAAUCUACCUGGACAACUGCGUCUAUGACUUGUGCAUGAACGACGGCCUGAAGGAGAUGCUGUGCCAGGCACUGAUGAGCUACGCCGAUGCCUGCCGGAGAGAGGGGGUUGCCAUCUCUGAUUGGAGGACACCCACAGGGUGCUCUCUGCCCUGCCCGGAGAAUAGCCAGUAUAAGGCUUGUGGCUCUGCAUGUCCUGCCACCUGCAAUGACCAAGCAGCCCCUAACAACUGCUCCUCACCCUGCGUGGAGACCUGCCAGUGCAACGAGGGCUUCGUGUUGGACGCUGGGAAAUGCAUUCCCAAGGCUGGAUGUGGGUGCAAGUUCCAGGGGCAUCUGUAUGAUCUUGGAGAGCAAUUCUGGGGGGACUGCACCUGCACCAGACGGUGCCUCUGUGACCCCCAAACCAGGCAAGUGAGCUGCCAGGCCUCAGGGUGCAGGACUGGGGAGCAGUGCCAGGUAGAGAAUGGCAUCCAGAACUGCUAUCCCAGCAGCUACGGAACCUGCUCAGCUUCGGGGGAUCCUCACUACAUCAGCUUUGACGGGAAGAAGUUUGAUUUCCAGGGCACCUGCCUGUAUCAGUUCGCCGGGCUGUGCAUCAAAAGCCAGGACCUGGUGGAUUUCCAGGUCCUAGUUCAGAACGACCAUCGGGGCAGCCAAGUCGUGUCCUUCACCAAAGUUGUGCAGGUCAAAGUCUAUGAGGUUGACAUUGUUAUCAGCAGGGAAAAUCCCGGCAGAGUCGUGGUGAACAGCGUGCUGAUCAACCUACCAUAUAGCACCAACAACAGCAAGAUCUCCAUAUACCGGAGGGGACAGGAAGCAGUGGUCCAGACUGACUUCGGUCUCACCGUCGCCUUUGACUGGCAGGGCCGGAUCACUGUCACUGCUCCAAGCACCUACGCGGGGGCCGUGUGCGGUCUCUGUGGGAACUUCAACGGGGACAAGGGUGAUGAGUUGACCAUGAGGGGCGGCACAUUGGCCCCAAACCCAACGGUCUUUGGGCAGAGCUGGAAGGUGAAAGAUAUCCCCGGCUGCGUGGAGGUUGCCAAGGAUGAGUGCUCAGAUCUAGAGGCUGUUGAGAGACGCCAAAGAGGAAUGAAUGGGGAGUGUGGGAUCCUCCUAGACAAGAGCGGCCCCUUCCGAGAGUGUCACAGCAAAGUCGACCCCGACGGCUACUUCCAAGACUGCGUGUACGACUAUUGCUUCUUCAAAGGCCAACAAGCUGUGAUAUGCCAGCUUAUCACCAGCUAUGCCACAGCCUGCCAUGCUGCUGGGGUGACUAUCUAUGCCUGGAGGACCAACUCCUUCUGCAGUCUCUCCUGUGCCCAAAACAGCCACUACGAGGUCUGUGCCCGGGGCUGCCAGUCGACCUGCAGCAGCCUCUACACCCCAGUUCAGUGCUCGUCCCAGUGCUGGGAAGGCUGCGUGUGUGAUGAGGGCUUUGUGCUCAGCGGUGAUGAGUGCGUCCCUAUAUCCCAAUGUGGAUGUGGCUACCUGGGAUUUUAUUAUAAGGCUGGGGAGACUUUCCACCCAACGUGCCAGGAGCAAUGUGUGUGCCAGGCCAGCGGAGACGUGUUGUGUAAGGGGUUGUCCUGCCGCCCUAAUGAGGAGUGCAAGUUGAUGAAUGGUGUCCGGAAAUGCCAGCCUGUCGGAUCUGCAACAUGCUCCGCAGCCGGAGACCCCCACUACCUCUCCUUCGAUGGAGUUGCCUUCGAUUUCCAAGGCACCUGCACCUACAUCCUGGCCAAGACCUGCACCAACACCGGGAACCUGACGUCCUUUGCCGUGAAGGUGGAGAAUGUGCCCUGGGGCAAUGGCAAGGUGUCUGUCACUAAGCUGGUAUCCGUGGAGGUCUAUGGGCUCACACUCACCCUGUUGCAGAACAAGAAGGGGCUUGUCAUGGUAAACGGGGUGUCCCACAACCUUCCUGUGGUUGUGGCCGAUGGGCAGCUCCAAGCAUAUCAGCAUGGCGGGAACGUGCUGGUGCAAACGGACUUCGGCCUCACCGUGAGCUUUGACCUGGUUUACCAUGCCAGAGUCACCAUCCCAGGGAACUACCAGGGCCAGAUGUGCGGCCUGUGCGGAAACUACAACGGGCGUCGGGACGAUGAGUUCCUGCUCCCUGAUGGCAGGGCGGCCCCUAACAUGGCAGCAUUCGGUUCUGCCUGGAAAGUCCCGAUCCCGGGGGUGGCUUGUGAGGACGGUUGCGCCGGGAACAGCUGCCCGGUCUGCAAGGAGAGAAAGAGGGACUUCUUCAAACAGCGCAAGUACUGUGGUCUGCUCACGGCCUCCGAUGGCCCCUUCGCCGCCUGCCACAGCGCGGUCAGCCCCACUGUGUAUUUCAACAACUGCCUGUAUGAUCUGUGCCUGGGCAACGGAGACUCCCAGGUCCUGUGCCAGAGCAUCCACAGCUACGUGACAGCCUGCCAAGAGGCCCGGGUCACCAUCCAGCCCUGGAGGAGCGCCUCCUUCUGCCCUCUGCGCUGCCCGGCCAACGGUCACUACGAGCUGUGCGCGGACCUCUGCACCACUACCUGUGCCAGGAUCACCGACGCCAGGAAGUGCCCAGACACCUGCGCCGAAGGCUGCCAGUGCGACGAUGGCUUCCUCUUCGACGGCCAGGGCUGUGUGCCUCUGCAGAGCUGUGGGUGCUUCAACAUGGGGCUAUAUUACAAGCCCAACAACACGGUCCUGAAGAAGAAGUGCCAGCAAAGCUGCACCUGCAUUCCUGCCCAAGGAUUCACCUGCGAGGCCCACAGCUGUGCCAGUGAUGAAACCUGUGAGAUCAGAGAUGGAGUCAUGCAAUGUAUCAACAAAGAUCCUUGCAAAGUUCUGAAGUGCCGGACCAAGGAGACAUGCAAGAUUGAGAACGGCCGUGCAACGUGUGUUCCCAGCUACACUGGAACCUGCUGGGGCUGGGGGGACCCGCACUAUCACACCUUUGAUGGGCUGAACUUUGACUUCCAGGGCACCUGCACCUACACCAUUGCCAAGUACUGUGGGACUGACCCCACCCUGGUGCCCUUCACCAUCAAUGAGAAGAAUGACAACAGGGGGGGUAAUCAGGCUGUCUCCUACGUGCGCCUGACCAACAUCUACGUCUACGGGUACAACAUUGCUAUCUACAAGAACGAAGUUGGGAAAAUCAGAAUCAAUGACGUGACCACCAGCUUGCCGGUGACCCUUGAAGAUGGUAAAAUCAAGCUCUACCAGAGCGGUCUCAAUGCUAUCCUGCAGACAGACUUUGGUCUGCAGGUAUCGUAUGACUGGAAUUGGCACCUGAUCAUCACCCUCCCCAGCAGCUAUUAUGGGGCCAUGUGCGGCCUUUGUGGGGAUUUCAACCAAAACAGUGGAGAUGACAUGAUGUCACCCAAUGGCACCAGAGUCUCCUCCAUCGUGGAAUGGGCCAAGGGCUGGAAAGUCAAAGACCAGGACCCUUUCUGCUGGGAUGUUUGCAAAGGGAAAUGCCCAACGUGCGAUGAGAGCAAGAAGGAGACCUAUGGGGGCAACGAAUAUUGUGGUUUGAUCAGCAAAGCACCAGGAGGGCCCUUCAGAGAGUGUCACCCCAAAGUGAGCCCGGAGGACAUUUUUGACAGCUGCAUCUAUGAUGUGUGUCUGAACGGGGGAGCCAAGAACAUCCUGUGCCAGGCGCUGGAGGCCUACGCAGCCAUCUGCAAGAAACAGGGCAUCACCGUCUAUGACUGGAGGACACCAUCCGGCUGUGUCCUGCCCUGCCCAGAGAACAGCCACUACGAGGCCUGUGGGAACGCCUGCCCAGCCAGUUGCUCUGACCGAACUGCUCCUUCCUCCUGCCGGGAGCCCUGCGUGGAGACCUGCCAGUGUGACAACGGUUACGUCCUGAGUGCCGGCCAAUGUGUCCCCGUGGGGAGCUGUGGCUGUGACUACAAUGGCCGCUACUACAAACCCAGUGAGGAGUUCUGGGCCGAUGAGAAUUGCCGCUCUCGGUGCAGGUGUGAUCCCAGCCUGGGCAUGGUGGUUUGCCAGGAGACCAGCUGCAAGGCCAGCGAGAGAUGCGCCGUGAUCAACGGGGUCCGUGACUGCCACGCAAUCAGCUACUCCACGUGCAUGGCCUCCGGGGACCCUCACUACACCACCUUUGAUGGGAAAAAGUAUGAUUUCAUGGGCACCUGCAUCUACCAGCUGGCUGGGGUCUGCUCCAAGGACCCCACGCUCACCCCGUUCAACAUCAAGGUGGAGAAUAACAACCGUGGCAGCAAGGCCGUGUCCUACACCAAAACGGUGACCUUGGAGGUGUAUGGCAGAAACAUCACUGUCAGCCAGCAAUAUCCCCGCAAGAUCAAGGUGGAUGGAGUCUUCAUGAACCUGCCAUUCUACCAUGAGGAGAAGCUACAGGCCUAUGUCAGUGGAUCCCACAUUGUCAUCAAGACCGCCUUUGACCUGAGAGUGACCUUCGACGGGAGCAGCCUGGUCCGGGUCACUGUGCCCAACACCUACAACAACGCCCUCUGCGGCCUCUGCGGCAACAACAACCAAACUGCCAGUGACGACCUGACCAUGAGGGAUGGGAGCCGGGCGGCGAACGCCGUCCAGUUCGCAGAGAGCUGGAAGGUGGGGGAGGUCCCUGGAUGCUUGCCCAGUUGUACCAAGGACUGCUCAGUCUGCAGUGAGGCUCAGAGACAACCCUACACGGGAGAUGGGUACUGUGGGGUCAUCACCAGAGGGGACGGGCCGUUCAGAGAGUGCCAUGAAGUCAUCGACCCAGCCCCCUUCUUCGACGACUGUGUCUUUGAUACCUGCCAGUACAAGGGUCACCGUGAUGCUCUCUGCAGUGCAAUCAGUGCCUAUGUGACAGCCUGCCAGGCCAGGGGCAUCCAGACAGGGCAGUGGAGAUCGGCCUCAUUCUGCAGUGCCACCUGCCCUCGUAACUCCCACUACGAGCUCUGUGGGAGCGGCUGCCCUGCCACCUGCCACAGCCUCUCGGCGCCAAAUGGGUGCGACACUCCCUGUGCUGAAGGUUGUUUCUGUGAUGCCGGGUUCCUCCUGAGUGGAGACCGGUGCGUCCCCAUCGCGCAGUGCGGCUGUGUGCACCAGGGCAGGUACUACAGGAAGGGAGAGGAGUUCUACACCAGCACCUCCUGCCAGGAACGGUGCCGGUGCCAAGACAACGGGGUCGUCGAGUGCCGGGAGGCCUCCUGCAGAGCCAACGAGCAGUGCAGGGUGAAGAAUGGAAUCCUAGGCUGCCACGCCGUGGGCUGCGGCAAAUGUGUAGCGUCUGGUGACCCUCAUUAUCUGACCUUUGACGGACGGGCCUUUGAUUUCCAGGGCACUUGCACUUACAGCUUAGCCAGAGUCUGCAGCAGUGACGCUGGGCUGGCAAAUUUCUCUGUGAUGGUAGAAAAUGAGAGCUAUGGUAAUGGGCAAGUGUCAGUGGCACGGCUGGUGGUGGUCUCCGUUCAUUGUUACACCAUCACCAUGGAGAGGGGAAGGAAGUGGAAAGUCAUGGUGGACGGGGAGCUCUACACUCUCCCGCUGGCUAUGAACGACGGGAAACUUCAGAUCAACCAGGAGGGGAACAACAUCAUUGUCCAGUCUGCCUCUGGCCUCAAAGUCCUUUACGACACCUCCUAUUAUGUCCUAGUCUCCAUCCCUAGCUCCUACAAGGGACACGUGUGCGGCUUGUGCGGCAACUUCAACGGUGACAAGAACGACGACUUCCUGCUGCCCAGUGGAAAGAGCGCCCAGAACGUGGAUGAGUUUGGGGCCUCCUGGAAGGUGCCCAUUGAUGGUGCCACAUGCUCCAAUGGCUGUGGGGAAAGAUGCCCGGUCUGUGAUGCAGCUAAAACAGCGCCAUACAAGGUCGAUAGCUCCUGUGGGUUGAUCAGAGCGACAUCAGGUCCCUUUAAAUACUGUCACUCACUGGUCAGCCCUACCGAGUAUUUCAACCAUUGUCUCUAUGACAUGUGUGCUGCCAAUGGAGCAAGAGAAAUCCUCUGCCAGAGUGUCCAGGCCUACACUGCCGCGUGCCAGGCAGCUGGAGCCACAGUCAGUGCCUGGAGAACAGCCUCCUUCUGCCCUUUCACCUGCCCGGCUAACAGCCACUACGAGCUGUGCACUAGAUCCUGCGAUUUCACAUGUGCUGGCUUGUUCUCCCCUGCCCAAUGCACUGAAAAAUGCUUUGAAGGCUGCCAGUGUGACGCCGGCUACGCAUUCAAUGGGGAAACGUGCACGUCCAUGGAAGGAUGCGGCUGCGUGCGUGACGGACGCUACAUCAAGGCUGGGGAGAGCAUCAUCUCCGGUGCUUGCUCCGAGAAGUGCACCUGCCAGGCCUCAGGCGGGCUUGUCUGUGAGCCACACAGCUGCUCCAACGAAGAAAUCUGUGCGCUCCAGGAUGGAGUGCGUGGCUGUGUGAAGCAGGAAGGCCGGUGCACACUGCUCCCCGGAGCCCAGCUCACCUCCUUCGACGGCGCCUCUGGAGGAGAUCUCCACAGUGGAGCUUACGAGCUGGUCUCUCUCUGCAACAACAGCGCCCCCUCCUGGUUUAGGGUGGUGGUGGACAUCAGGGCAUGCAGUGACGGGGCAACAAUGGCUGGGACAACCGUCUACAUUUUCUUCCGAGAUGCUUUCAUAGCUGUGAAAAGGAACAAGGAGACCUGGGUGAACGGGCGCCUGCUGCAGCUGCCGGCGAACGUCUCUGAAGCCGUGUCUGUGAGCAGGUCUCAGGGCGGCGUGGCCGUGGUCCAGGCCUCGGGAAUGCAGGUUCUGUUUAGCCCCAGUGGGGGGGUGACGGUGAGAGUCAGCAAGAGCCUGGCUAACAAGCUGUGCGCGUCUUGCGGGAACUUCAAUGGCGAUGUCUCCGAUGAUCUGCAGUUGCCCAGCGGGAAGGUCGCAGGAAACAUUGCUGAGGUUAUCGAUUACUGGAAGGCAAGAGACUUCUCUGGGUGGAUAUUUAAUGAGGAAAAAGACUUUGUUCUGAUUGUCACAAUGGCAAAGAAGGGGACGCUGCUGCUCUGCGCCUGGCUGGUGCUUCUGUGCGGUCUUUGCAGAGCAAGUUUCCGUGGGAAAGAAUUCAUUACGGUCUUCAUGCAAAACCAUGUCGAAAGCAUCAGAGCAGAUUGCAAGCUGUUCAUCACUGGUUACCAUGCCUCCACUACGGUUACUGUGACGGUGAACAAGGGUAUGUUACGAAGAGUGAUGCCUGUUGGAGAAGGACAGACGGUGACCGUGCAGAUCCCAGCCUCGGUAGAGAUGUUUGGGAGCAAAAUGUUUGAUAACACCGUCCUGAUUCAGGCUGACAAAGACAUUUCUGUCCUGUCUGUUAACUCAAAGCCCAAUUCCAUUGCUACCACUGUAGUGUAUCCCACUGAGAAGUUGGCCUUGCAACUGCAAAGCUCUGUGGAUUUAUCUGGCACCAAGAUCGAGUCUCGGGAACAUGUGGCCGUCUUGACUGGGCACAGCUGUGCUGAAAAAAACACCGCUUGUGAUCAUGCUGUCGAGCAGCUCCUGCCUGUCUCCAGCUGGGGCAGCACAUACAUCAUCCCUCCUCUGUCCUUCCAGAACAAGUAUGACAUUGCGUACAUCGUCGCCUCCCAAAACACUCGCAUUGACUAUCAGUCAGGGCCCACACGAGCUUCCCGCAACAUAUUGGCUGGGCAGGUUUUUGAAUUUGAAGUCCGAGUCUCUCACCCACUUUACAUCUCUGCUAGCGCUGGCAUCCAGGUUCUUCUCUUCUUCACUGGUGCUAAAAAUGGGAAAUCCACGUAUGACCCGUUCCUCAUCAACAUCCCACCCGUCACAAACUACUGCCAAUCCUACCACAUUGACGGAGUGAAGGAGUUUGAGAACCAUGUGCUGAUUGUAGUCAAGAGCUCAGAGUCCGGCAGGAUCAUCUCUGAUCAGAGAGCCAUAGGAAAUGUCCAGUGGAGGCAGAUCCCCGGCACGGAGUAUUCUUGGGGAGAGUACAGCUUCGGCACAGGGAUUAGUGCCCUUUCCAUACAGCACCCAACCUCUCCCUUUGGUCUGCUGAGCUUUGGAGGGAACGAUCACAGUGGAUAUGGCUCAUCAGGCGUUUGUGCACAGAGUAACCCGACCCUGUCCUGCAGCACUGUUCAGUGCAGGAAGAAAGAGACGUGUCAGAUUGUAGAUGGCCGCCCGGAGUGUGUGGCUGAGUCAGAAUCCACCUGCUGGGCUCAGGGAGACCCACAUUAUCACACCUUCGAUGGGCGGAAUUUCGACUUCAUGGGCACCUGCACCUACACCAUCGCCAAGACCUGUGGCUCAGACUCAACUCUCCCGUCAUUCAGUGUCAAGGCCAAGAACGACAACAGGGGCAACACGCGUGUUUCCUAUGUUGGUUAUGUGACGGUUGAAGUCUAUAAUGUCACUGUCUCAGUGGUCAGAUAUGAGACUGGGUUUGUGAGGGUGAAUGACCAGCGCUCCCGCCUCCCCAUCUCUGUGCUCGAGGGGAAGCUGAGGGUGUAUCAGAGUGGGGGCUCUGUGGUCAUUGAUACUGACUUCUCCCUGAGGGUCUCCUACAACUGGGGCAGCUCCCUGGUGGUGAAGAUCUCCAGCAGCUUCUGGGAGAGUGUGUGCGGCCUAUGUGGCAACUACAAUGGGGAUGCCAGAGAUGACUUUGCCACCCCAGCCGGGACGCUGGCUGCUAGCCCCGUGGAGUUCGGGAGGAGCUGGAAGGUGGAGGACGGGGACAGGUUCUGCUGGGACGACUGCCACGGGGAGUGUAAGAGCUGCUCCCCAGAGCUGGUUGGCAGGUACAAAGCUGAGCCCUUCUGUGGUUGGAUCACCAAAGAGGCGGGUGGCCUCUUCAGCCGAUGCCACUCCAUGAUUGACCCCAAAAUCUACCUGGACAACUGUGUGUACGAUCUGUGCAUGAACAACGGCCUCAAGGAGAUGCUGUGCCAGGCACUGGCAAGCUACGCUGAUGCCUGCCGGAGAGACGGGGUGGCCAUCUCCGACUGGAGGACACCCACAGGGUGCUCUCUGCCCUGCCCGGAGAAUAGCCGGUACCAGCUCUGUGGCCCCGCGUGUCCUGCCACCUGCAAUGACCAAGUGGCCCCUAACAACUGCUCCUUACCCUGCGUGGAGACCUGCCAGUGCAAUGAGGGCUUCGUGCUGGAUGCUGGAAAAUGCAUCCCCAAAGCCAGCUGUGGGUGCAAGUUCAACGGGCAUCUAUAUGCUCUUGGAGAGCAAUUCUGGGGGGACAGAACCUGCACCAGACGGUGCCUCUGUGACCCCCAAACCAGGCAAGUGAGCUGCCAGGCCUCAGGGUGCAGGACUGGGGAGCAGUGCCGGGUAGAGAAUGGCAUCCAGAACUGCUAUCCCAGCAGCUACGGAACCUGCUCAGCUUCGGGGGAUCCUCACUACAUCAGCUUUGAUGGGAAGAAGUUUGACUUCCAGGGAACCUGCCUGUAUCAGUUCGCCGGGCUGUGCAUCAAAAGCCAGGACCUGGUGGAUUUCCAGGUCCUAGUUCAGAACGACCAUCGGGGCAGCCAAGUCGUGUCCUUCACCAAAGUUGUGCAGGUCAAAGUCUAUGAGGUUGACGUUGUGAUCAGCAGGGAAAACCCCGGCAGAGUCAUGGUGAACAGCGUGCUGAUCAACCUACCAUAUAGCACCAACAACAGCAAGAUCUCUAUAUACCGGAGGGGGCAGGCAGCAGUGGUCCAGACUGACUUCGGUCUCACCGUCGCCUUUGACUGGCAGGGCCGGAUCACUGUCACUGCUCCAAGCACCUAUGCUGGGGCCGUGUGCGGUCUCUGUGGGAACUUCAAUGGGGACAAGAGUGAUGAGUUGACCACGAGGGGCGGCACAUUGGCCCCAAACCCAACAGUCUUUGGGCAGAGCUGGAAGGUGAAAGAUAUCCCCGGCUGCGUGGAGAUUACCAAGGACGAGUGCUCAGAUCUAGAGGCUGUUGAGAGACGCCAAAGAGGAAUGAAUGGGGAGUGUGGGAUCCUCCUAGACAAGAGCGGCCCCUUCCGAGAGUGUCACAGCAAAGUCGACCCCGAGGGCUACUUCCAAGACUGCGUGUACGACUAUUGCUUCUUCAAAGGCCAACAAGCUGUGAUAUGCCAGCUUAUCACCAGCUAUGCCACAGCCUGCCAUGCUGCUGGGGUGACUAUCUAUGCCUGGAGGACCAACUCCUUCUGCAGUCCCUCCUGUGCCCAAAACAGCCACUACGAGGUCUGUGCCCGGGGCUGCCAGUUGACCUGCAGCAGCCUCUACGCACCAGUUCAGUGCUCGGCCCAGCGCUGGGAAGGCUGCGUGUGUGAUGAGGGCUUUGUGCUCAGCGGUGAUGAGUGCGUCCCUAUAUCCCAAUGUGGAUGUGUCUACCUGGGAUUUUAUUAUAAGGCUGGGGAGACUUUCUACCCAACGUGUCAGGAGCAAUGUGUGUGCCAGGCCAGUGGAGACGUGUUGUGUAAGGGGUUGUCCUGCCGCCCUAAUGAGGAGUGCAAGCUGGUGAAUGGCAUCCGGAAAUGUCAGCCUGUCGGAUCCGCAACAUGUUCUGCUGCCGGGGACCCCCACUACCUCUCCUUCGAUGGGGUCGCCUUCGAUUUCCAAGGCACCUGCACCUACAUCCUGGCCAAGAGCUGCACCAACACCGGGAACCUGACAUCAUUUGCCGUGAAGGUGGAAAACAAGCCCUGGGGCAACGGCAAGGUGUCUGUCACCAAGCUGGUGUCUGUGGAGGUCUACGGGCUCACGCUCACCCUGCUGCAAAACAGGAAGGGGCUCGUCAUGGUGGACGGGGUGUCUCACAACCUCCCUGUGGUCGUGGCCGAUGGGCAGCUCCAAGCAUAUCAGCACGGCGGGAACGUGCUGGUGCAAACGGACUUUGGCCUCACCGUCAGCUACGACCUGCUUUACCAUGCCAGAGUCACCGUCCCAGGGAACUACCAGGGCCAGACAUGCGGCCUGUGCGGGAACUACAACAGGCGUCGGGACGACGAAUUCCUGCUCCCCGAUGGCAGGGCAGCCCUUAACGUGGCAGCGUUCGGUUCCGCCUGGAAAGUCCCAAUCCCGGGAGCGGCCUGUGAGGACGGUUGCGCCGGAAACAGCUGCCCAGUCUGCAAGGAGACAAAGAGGGACUUCUUCAAACAGCGCAUCUACUGUGGUCUGCUCACGGCCCCAGAUGGCCCCUUCGCCGCCUGCCACAGCACGGUCAGCCCCACUGUGUAUUUCAACAACUGCCUGUAUGAUCUGUGCUUGGGCAACGGAGACUCUCAGGUCCUGUGCCAGAGCAUCUACAGCUAUGUGACAGCCUGCCAAGAGGGCAAGGUCACCAUCCAGCCCUGGAGGAGCGCCUCCUUCUGCCCUCUGCGCUGCCCAGCCAAUGGUCACUACGAGCUGUGCGCGGACCUCUGCACCACCACCUGUGCCAGGAUCACUGACACCAGGAAGUGCCCAGACACCUGCGCCGAAGGCUGCCAGUGCGACGAUGGCUUCCUCUUCGACGGCCGGGGCUGCGUGCCUCUGCAGAGCUGUGGGUGCUUCAACAAGGGGCUAUAUUAUAAGCCUAAUGAGAUGGUUCUGACCAACAAGUGCCAGCAAAACUGCACCUGCAUUCCUGCCCAAGGGGUGACCUGUGAAGCUCACAGCUGUGCCAGUGAUGAAACCUGUCAGAUCAGAGAUGGAGUCAUGCAAUGCAUCAACAUAGAUCCCUGCAAAGACCUGACAUGUCGGGCCAAGGAGACGUGCAAGAUCGAGAACGGCCGUGCAAUGUGUGUUCCCAACUUCAUUGGAACCUGCUGGGGCUGGGGGGACCCGCACUAUCACACUUUCGACGGGCUGAGCUUCAACUUCCAGGGCACCUGCACCUACACCUUGGCCAAGUAUUGCGGGACCGACCCCACCCUGGUGCCCUUCACCAUCGAUGAGAAGAACGACAACAGGGGUGGCAAUCAGGCUGUCUCCUACGUGCGCCUAACCAACAUCUCCGUCUACGGGUACAACAUCUCCAUCCACAAGAGGGAAGUUGGGAAAAUCAGAAUCAAUGACGUGACCACCAGCUUGCCAGUGACCCUUGAAGACGGUAAAAUCAAGCUCUACCAGAGCGGUCUCAAUGCUAUCCUGCAGACAGACUUUGGUCUGCAGGUGUCGUAUGACUGGAAUUGGCACCUGAUCAUCACCCUCCCCAGCAGCUAUUAUGGGGCCAUGGGCGGCCUAUGUGGGAACUUCAACCAAAACCGUGGAGAUGACAUGACAUCACCCAACGGUACCAGAGUCUCCUCCAUUGUGGAAUGGGCCAGGAGCUGGAAAGUCAAAGACCAGGACCCCUUCUGUUGGGAUGUUUGCAAAGGGAAUUGCCCAACGUGUGAUGAGAGCAAGCAGAUGAUCUAUAGGGGCGACGAAUACUGUGGUUUGAUCAGCAAAGCACCAGGAGGGCCCUUCAGAGAGUGUCACUCCAAAGUGAACCCUGAGGACAUUUUUGACAGCUGCAUCUAUGAUGUGUGUCUGAACGGAGGAGCCAAGAACAUCCUGUGCCAGGCGCUGGAGGCCUACGCAGCCAUCUGCAAGAAACAGGGCAUCACUGUCUAUGACUGGAGGACGCCAUCCGGCUGUGUCCCAAUCUGCCCUGAGAACAGCCACUACGAGGCCUGUGGGAACGCCUGCCCAGCCAGCUGCUCCGACCAAAUUGCCAACUCCUCCUGCCAGGAGCCCUGCGUGGAGACCUGCCAGUGUGACAACGGUUACGUCCUGAGUGCCGGCCAGUGUGUCUCCGUGGGGAGCUGUGGCUGUGACUACAAUGGCCGCUACUACAAACCCAGUGAGGAGUUCUGGGCCGAUGAGAACUGCCACUCUCGGUGCAGGUGUGACCCCAGCCUCAACCUGGUGGUUUGCCAGGAGACCAGCUGCAAGGCUAGCGAGAGAUGUGCCGUGAUCAACGGGGUCCGUGACUGCUACCCAAUUAGCUACUCCACCUGCACGGCGUCCGGGGACCCUCACUACACCACCUUUGAUGGGAAAAAGUACGAUUUCAUGGGCACCUGCAUCUACCAGUUGGCUGGGGUCUGCUCCGAGGACCCCACGCUCACCCCGUUCAACGUCAAGGUGGAGAAUAACAACCGUGGCAGCAAGGCCGUGUCCUACACCAAAGCGGUGACCUUGGAGGUGUACGGCAGAAACAUCACUGUCAGCCAGCAAUAUCCCCGCAAGAUCAAGGUGGACGGUGUAUUUGUGGUCCUGCCUUUCUAUCAUGAGGACAAGCUACAGGCUUAUGUCAGUGGAGCCCAAGUCCGCAUCAAGACCGCCUUCGCUCUGACGGUGACCUUCGACGGGAGCAGCCUGGUCCGGGUCACUGUGCCCAGCACCUACGCCAACGCCCUCUGCGGACUGUGUGGUGACAACAACCAAACUGCCAGUGACGACCUGACCAUGAGGAAUGGGAGCCGUGCGGCGAACGCCGUCCAGUUCGCUGAGAGCUGGAAGGUGGGGGAGGUCCCUGGAUGCUUGCCCAGUUGCACCAAGGACUGCCCAGUCUGCAGUGAGGCUCAGAGACAACCCUAUAAGGGAGAGCGGUACUGUGGGGUCAUCACUAGAGGGAACGGGCCAUUCCGAGAGUGCCAUGAGGUCAUCGACCCAGCUCCCUUCUUCGACGACUGCGUCUUUGAUACCUGCCAGUACAAGGGUCACCGGGAUGCUCUCUGCAGCGCGAUCAGCGCCUACGUGACGGCCUGCCAGGCCAAGGGCAUCCAGAUAAGGCAGUGGAGGUCAACCUCAUUCUGCAGCACCACCUGCCCCAGUAACUCCCACUACGAGCUCUGUGGGAAUGGCUGCCCUGCCACCUGCCACAGCCUCUCGGCGCCGGACGGCUGCAACGCCCCCUGUUCUGAAGGGUGUUUCUGCAAUGCCGGGUUCCUCCUGAGCGGAGACCGGUGCGUCCCCGUUGCGCAGUGCGGCUGUGUGCACCAGGGCAGGUACUACAGGAAGGGAGAGGUGUUCUACACCAAGGCUUCCUGCCGGGAGAAGUGCCAGUGCAAAGACAAUGGGGGGGUGCAGUGUUGGGAGACCUCGUGUGCAGCGAAUGAGCAGUGCAAAGUGGUGGAUGGCGUCCGGAAAUGCCACCCUGUCGUAUCGGCAACGUGUUCUGCUGCCGGGGACCCCCACUACCUCUCCUUCGAUGGAGUCGCCUUCGAUUUCCAAGGCACCUGCACCUACAUCCUGGCCAAGACCUGCGCUGAUGCCGGGAACCUGACGUCCUUCUCCGUGAAGGUGGAGAACAAGCCCUGGGGCAACGGCAAGGUGUCUGUCACCAAGCUGGUGUCUGUGGAGGUCUACGGGCUCACGCUCACCCUGCUGCAGAACAGGAAGGGGCUCGUGGACGGGGUGUCUCACAACCUCCCUGUGGUCGUGGCCGAUGGGCAGCUCCAAGCAUAUCAGCACGGCGGGAACGUGCUGGUGCAAACGGACUUUGGCCUCACCGUCAGCUACGACCUGCUUUACCACGCCAGAGUCACCGUCCCAGGGAACUACCAGGGCCAGACAUGCGGCCUGUGUGGGAACUACAACGGGCGUCGGGACGAUGAGUUCCUGCUCCCCGAUGGCAGGGCGGCCCCUAAUGUGGCAGCGUUCGGUUCCGCCUGGAAAGUCCCAAUCCCGGGAGCGGCCUGUGAGGACGGAUGCGCCGGGAACAGCUGCCCGGUCUGCAAGGAGAGAAAGAGGGACUUCUUCAAACAGCGCAAGUACUGUGGUCUGCUCACGGCCCCAGAUGGCCCUUUUGCUGCAUGCCACAGCACGGUCAGCCCCACUGUGUAUUUCAACAACUGCCUGUAUGAUCUGUGCCUGGGCAACGGAGAUUCCCAGGUCCUGUGCCAGAGCAUCUACAGCUACGUGACAGCCUGCCAAGAGGCCCGGGUCACCAUCCAGCCCUGGAGGAGCGCCUCCUUCUGCCCUCUGCGCUGCCCGGACAACGGUCACUACGAGCUGUGCGCCGACCUCUGUACCACUACAUGUGCCAGGAUCACCGACGCCAGGAAGUGCCCAGACACCUGCGCCGAAGGCUGCCAGUGCGACGAUGGCUUCCUCUUCGACGGCCAGGGCUGCGUGCCUCUGCAGAGCUGUGGGUGCUUCAACAUGGGGCUAUAUUACAAGCCUAAUGAGAUGGUUCUGACCAACAAGUGCCAGCAAAACUGCACCUGCACUCCUGCCCAAGGGAUGACCUGUGAAGCUCACAGCUGCUCCAGUGAUGAAACCUAUCCCUGCAAAGACCUGACAUGUCGGGCCAAGGAGACGUGCAAGAUCGAGAACGGCCGUGCAAUGUGUGUUCCCAACUUCAUUGGAACCUGCUGGGGCUGGGGGGACCCGCACUAUCACACUUUCGACGGGCUGAGCUUCAACUUCCAGGGCACCUGCACCUACACCUUGGCCAAGUACUGCGGGACCGACCCCACCCUGGUGCCCUUCACCAUCGAUGAGAAGAACGACAACAGGGGUGGCAACCAGGCUGUCUCCUACGUGCGCCUGACCAACAUCUCCGUCUACGGGUACAACAUCUCCAUCCACAAGAGGGAAGUUGGGAAAAUCAGAAUCAAUGACGUGACCACCAGCUUGCCAGUGAUCCUUGAAGACGGUAAAAUCAAGCUCUACCAGAGCGGUCUCAAUGCUAUCCUGCAGACAGACUUUGGUCUGCAGGUGUCGUAUGACUGGAAUUGGCACCUGAUCAUCACCCUCCCCAGCAGCUAUUAUGGGGCCAUGGGCGGCCUAUGUGGGAACUUCAACCAAAACCGUGGAGAUGACAUGACAUCACCCAAUGGUACCAGAGUCUCCUCCAUUGUGGAAUGGGCCAGGAGCUGGAAAGUCAAAGACCAGGACCCCUUCUGUUGGGAUGUUUGCAAAGGGAAUUGCCCAACGUGUGAUGAGAGCAAGCAGAUGAUCUAUAGGGGCGACGAAUACUGUGGUUUGAUCAGCAAAGCACCAGGAGGGCCCUUCAGAGAGUGUCACUCCAAAGUGAACCCUGAGGACAUUUUUGACAGCUGCAUCUAUGAUGUGUGUCUGAACGGAGGAGCCAAGAACAUCCUGUGCCAGGCGCUGGAGGCCUACGCAGCCAUCUGCAAGAAACAGGGCAUCACUGUCUAUGACUGGAGGACGCCAUCCGGCUGUGUCCCAAUCUGCCCUGAGAACAGCCACUACGAGGCCUGUGGGAACGCCUGCCCAGCCAGCUGCUCCGACCAAAUUGCCAACUCCUCCUGCCAGGAGCCCUGCGUGGAGACCUGCCAGUGUGACAACGGUUACGUCCUGAGUGCCGGCCAGUGUGUCUCCGUGGGGAGCUGUGGCUGUGACUACAAUGGCCGCUACUACAAACCCAGUGAGGAGUUCUGGGCCGAUGAGAACUGCCACUCUCGGUGCAGGUGUGACCCCAGCCUCAACCUGGUGGUUUGCCAGGAGACCAGCUGCAAGGCUAGCGAGAGAUGUGCCGUGAUCAACGGGGUCCGUGACUGCCACCCAAUUAGCUACUCCACCUGCACGGCGUCCGGGGACCCUCACUACACCACCUUUGAUGGGAAAAAGUACGAUUUCAUGGGCACCUGCAUCUACCAGUUGGCUGGGGUCUGCUCCGAGGACCCCACGCUCACCCCGUUCAACGUCAAGGUGGAGAAUAACAACCGUGGCAGCAAGGCCGUGUCCUACACCAAAGCGGUGACCUUGGAGGUGUACGGCAGAAACAUCACUGUCAGCCAGCAAUAUCCCCGCAAGAUCAAGAAAUGA